AUGGAAUCUAACUCCUUGGAUUUUAAAAUAAAUAUAUAACCCAAAAGUAUAACUGAGCAUGUAGAGCCAGAUGUUGAUUUAACAGUUGAUAAAUAUGAUGCUGUCUAUUAAAAUACUUAAUAGGAAGAGGAAGUAGAAGCAGCUCAUGUAUAUAUUUAUAUCUAAUAUUUUCAUUAGAAAGAUUUACUAAUAUAAGAAUAUGAUAUCACUUAAGCAGCUCAUCCAUAUUAUUGUGUUGCUGCAUUAGCAUUAACUUCAAUUCCAGGAUUAACUUUUAUUCUUUUACAAGAUGUUAUACAUGCUUAUCCUUUAGUUAUUAUACUCUAAUUAGUUUAAUUUUUAGUACUAAAGAAUUAUUUGGGUUUAAAAUUGAUUGGGUUACGUUGGUGGAUUGAGAUGGAUAUUAAAGGUGAAUAAAAAUGGAUGUUCUAAACUUAAUCAUAAGAAUAAUCAAAUAAAGUUGAUAAAUAUUUCUUUUGGGCCUGUCUCAUAUAUGGAACACUCUUUUGGUGUCUUAUGUGUCUUGGAGACUUUUUUGGAGUCAAAAUAUUCUGGGUAUUAUGAUAAAUGGAUUAUAGUUACCAUUACCAAUCAUAUGUUUAGUUUUGUCUUUAACUAAUUUAUAAGGAUUUUACAAAUGUAGAGGAGAGCAUAAGAAGAAAUUAUAAUAAUUGAAAAGAGAAAUGGCUAAAGGUGGAAUGAAUAUAGUGGGAAUGAUUAUGAAAUGA